GUCUGUCUCUGGACCAGGUCUGCCUCUGGACCUCUGUGGGACCAGGACCCAGGUUCAGAUCAUUUAUACCAUAAUGUUGUCGUUGAGUAGAUGGACUGUGGAUGGAUAAAAACUGGUCUCAGCUUGUUCCAGGACCAGGACCAGGACCAGGUCCAGGUCCAGGACUUCACAGGGUCUCUGUGUUUCUGUCUGCUGUGGUACAGCCGGUUCUUAGUUCUUGGUUCUUGGUUCUUGCUGUUGUUCUUGAUGCUACAUGAUAAACGUGAAUUCUCGUCUCGUUCUGUGGAAACUUCCUGCAGGAUAUAAACGUGUUAAUGAGGUGUAGGUCCAGUCUGAGAUGAUUCUGCUGCAGAGGGAACGUGUUCCUCCAGGUAAAGACAGACCUUCAGCGCCACCUGUUCUUCUCUGUUCUCACACUGAACGGACUCAACACGUCAUCUGAGGAUCCUUUAUCUAAUUUACGUAAAGAACCACGGGACGUUUUCAGCUCAGAGGCUGUGUGAGCUGCAGGGUCAGGUGGUCCUAGCGGUGCGUCACCAGUACGUUGCCAUCGGCGACCAGGCGGUGACCCUGGGAGACGGAGACGAGGUUGCCGUGGUGCCGCCUCUCAGCGGAGGAUAGAGGGUAACCACAGGGGGAAGCCCGGUGAACUCUGACCCCGUCCUGUCGGUUCCAGAGAUGGAGGAGGAGCCCAGAGACGUCUUCAGGCUGAGCCGUGAUUCGUUGUGUGUGCAGGACGUGGUCGACGCCGUCGGCAGCUCCUCGUGUGGAGCCAUUUCACUCUUCAUAGGUACGACCCGUGAGGAUGAGCUCCAGGGCAGGAAGGUGAUUGGUCUGGAGUACGAGGCGUACGAGCUCAUGGUCCAAUCAGAGUUCACCAGGCUGUGUGCUGACAUCAGAGGGCGUUGGCCGACCGUCGCCCACAUCUGCAUCCACCACCGGCUCGGGUGGGUGAAGGUGGGCGACGCCAGCGUCGUCAUGGCGAUCUCGUCUCCUCACCGCGGUGACGGCCUGCAGGCGAUCCAGCGAUGCAUCGAGCAGCUCAAGGCCCACGUCCCCAUCUGGAAGAAGGUAAUAAAAUCACCGUGGUUACUGAUCAGCUGAUUGUUGUUGACAGGAAGUGUACGACACGCAGGAGGAGGUCUGGAAGGAGAACGCAGAGUGUUCCUGGUCAUCCAGAGAACACACAACCAAAUAAAGACCAUGAUCAAUGAAA